UUUGUGAUGUCCUUGAGGCAAUAGUAAACCCGUAAUCAAUUUUGUCUAUUUUACAUGGGAGUAUUACUUUUUGUUUUGUAUUGAAAACAAUCCAAGUUUGGGUUGUAUUUAGCUUUUAAUUUCUUACAUUUAAAAUGGAGCAAGAUGUUGAGGAUGGCUUGAAACCUUUGUGCUGUGCUUGCCUUAGCACGGACCGUAAUUUAGUUGCAAUACAAGGAUCUUCCGAAAUUGUUGAAGUUUUCAAAUUACUGUUGUUCAAUUAUGCAGCUGAUAGAAUUUUAGAUACAGACAUUUCUAAGCAAUAUUUAUGUUGGGAGUGUGUGGCAAUAAUGAAGAGGAUAUCUAAAUUCAAAAAGCAGGUCCAAAAUGCACAAGAACAUCUGCGAGUUUUAACACUAGGAAGUACUUUAGAGGCGUUCGAUCACACAUACCUAUCUCAAUCCCUUUCGUCGUUGGAAUGUGUUAUGAAGACGGACUAUGACAGGAUGUACUUGGAUUACACACACCAGGAUAUUAUCACAACGGACUGGUCCCAGCAGUACAUAUCUAUUUCCGAGGAGAUGAAGCCGCAGCAGUAUGAUAUGUCGCAGUCCUUGAGAGACAAUAUAACACUCGGAAUGGCUAGUAACGAAGUUAUCACUAUGCCCGAGUUGGUUGUGGAGAAUCCUAUCACGGGAGUGAUGUCGCACAUAGUUGUGAGCGAUCCGCUGCUGGGAGAGACCUACACCACCACACAUGUAAAGGGAGAGAUGCCAGAACUUGUUCUUGAUUCAACGACACCUAUAGCACCAGUAAUAAUUCGGCAGCCGAAAAAAAUUAAGAUGGAAAAUGAUGAUAAGGAAAGACUAAAAGCUGGAUACAAUACAUUACAUUUGACCGAAUCUGAAAUGCUCGAGUUAAGAAAUGAGGAUAAGAAAAAGGUGAAAUACGCAAGUGCGGUUUACAAGUGUGAGCUCUGCAUCAUCGGUUUCUUCAAUCAGGGGCAGGUGGAAGGUCAUUUCCUGGCUGAACACACACCUAAGCCAGGCUUUGAGGCGUGCAAGGUGUGCUACGUGUACGUCGCGACGACCAAACUAACAGCGCAUACGGACGCUCAUUACACAGUGUACGAGUGUCGCAUGUGCGGGCGCCGCGAGCGAACAUCGCGUGCUGUUACGCGACACAUCGCUGCACAUCUGCGCCCGCGCUCGCCGCACCCUGCCGCGCUGCACGUUGACGACAUAAAGAAAAAAAAGAAGAAGGAAUCCGACAAAGAGCUCGACAAGCCUCCGCCGAAGCCUGGUGACCUGAGGAAGCUGCUGUCCAAAACCACCAUAGUUGGUUACAAGUGCCUCGAGUGCGACAUGUUCUUCAAGACGUCGAGGGCGCGGAAAACGCACGUCGCUCGCUGCCACCGCGAAGGGCUGCAGUGCGACAUCUGUAAACGAUUCUUCGUGAACAAGACCACGCUCACCACGCAUCUCAAGUUACAUGAGGGUCCACAGCCGCGCGAGAAGUGCCACAUCUGCAACAAAAUGGUGCGUGUGGUGCAACUGAAGUACCACAUCAGACGACACGAGAACAAGACGCGGUACGAGUGUACAGAAUGCGAUAAGGUGUUCUCCCACCUCGCUACCUACCAGGCCCAUCUCAAGUAUGCGAGACCGCACGCCUCUGAGGGUGUAUUCAAAUUCCCCUGCCCAAUGUGUCACAAAGGCUACCCGACCAAGGACCAAAUGCAGGACCACUUCAACUACCAGCACCUAGGCAAAACCAAGCACAAAUGUCCCAUCUGUGAUAAGCCGAUAGCAUCAAAAGCGAAUGUGGAGCGUCACAUGGCGCGAGUACAUGGCGAGAAGAAGGAGAAACCGCGCAACCACGUCUGCCAGGAGUGUGGGAAGGCCUUCACAGACAAAAAGGCGGUGACUCAACACGCGGCGAUCCACUCUGCGGAGCGACCGUUGUCCUGCGAGAUAUGUUUCCAGACGUUCAAGCAGAAAGCCUCCCUGUACACCCAUCGCCGAAGAGUGCACAAAGUACAAACGCCGAAGCGAGUCGUCGAGUUCAUGGAUACUAAGGUCACGUAAACUAUUGCUAAACUGUCGGCCGCAAAUUGCAAGUUACGUCAGAUUUAGUUCUCUCCCCGCGCAUUGAGGGCGCUGACUCCGCUUCAAAUAGGCAUAAAAAACAGUUGGGUAUGUUAUGUCCAGCGUACUUCUAAUAAUGGAGGUCAGUGGGCGCACGGUUUGGCGGCUACCCCGCGAGACUACAAGCAAAUGUAUGUAAAGAUUUUUCUAAAUAGCGGCGCGGUCUCGCUGU